AUGUGUGCUCGUCUACAUCUAAAUGGUGUUGAUGAUGGUCUAGGAGCACAUAUAUCACUCUUUUUGGUUCUUAUGAAAGGAAAACAUGAUGGCAUACUUUCAUGGCCAUUUCCGUUUCGAAUAAUAUUUAACUUGUAUGAUCAAACUGAUAAAAAACAACAUAUCAUUGAUACAUUUCGACCAGAUGUAAGAUCCAGUAGUUUUCAACGACCAAGUUUGGAAAUGAAUAUUGCAAGUGGUAUUCCAAAGUUUUGUCCUUUGGCAAUCAUUGAACAAGAAAAUAAUCCUUAUAUUCGAGAGAACUCAAUAUAUAUCAAAAUUAUGGUCGAUUUCAGCGAAGUGCCUAAUGAUGUGUUGCCAUUGGCAUCAAACCUUAAUCCCGGAAUAUCGAUUCAUCGAUAA